CCAAAGCAAACAGCCUGUAGCUUCUCGCCUUCUCCUGCUGUUGCUUUGUACUGCUAAGCUAGGCUAAGCUAAAAACUUGUUGGCUAUGGGCAGCUUGCCACUCGACGCGCCAGUGCAGCCACUGGACCCCGAGGCCUUCGCCGGCGACUCGCGCGCCGUCGUGGACUUCCUCGCCGAGUACUACCGCGACGUCGACAAGUACCCGGUCCGGGCGGCCGACCUCGAACCGGGCCGUCUCCGCAAGCUGCUCCCGGACUCGGCGCCGGAGCAUGGCGAGCCGUUGGAGGACGUCCUCGAGGACGUGCGGCGGGACAUCCUGCCGGGGCUCACCCACUGGCAGAGCCCUAGCUUCUUCGCCUACUUCCCCAUGAACGCCAGCACCGCCGGCUUCGCGGGGGAGAUGCUGUCCGUCGGCCUCAACGUCGUGCCCUUCCUGUGGGCCGCGUCGCCGGCCGCUGCCGAACUCGAGGGCGUGGUGGUGGACUGGAUGGGCCGGCUGCUCGGCCUGCCAAGCCGGCUACUCUUCUCGGGCGGCGGUGGUGGCGUCCUGCAGGGGAGCACGUGCGAGGCCGUGGUCUGCACGCUCGCCGCCGCGCGGGACCGCGCGCUGGCCAAGCUGGGACACGAGGCCAUCAUGAAGCUGGUGGUCUACACCUCCGACCAGACGCACGCCACAUUCCAGAAGGGCGCGCGGCUCGUUGGCAUCCCGCCGUCCAACUUCCGCGUCAUUCCGACGUCGGCGGCCUCCGGGUACGGCCUUACCGCCGACGCCGUCCGCGCCGCCGUCGAUCGCGACGUCGCCAGCGGCCUUGUGCCUCUGUACCUGUGCGCCACGGUGGGCACGACGGGGCUCGGCGCGGUCGACCCCGUGCGCGAGCUCGGGGAGGAGGCGCGGCGCCACGGAAUGUGGCUGCACGUAGACGCCGCGUACGCCGGCAGCGCGGCCAUCUGCCCGGAGUUCCAGGGCUACCUCGAUGGCGCCGAGCUCGCCGACUCAGUGAGCAUGAACCCGCACAAGUGGUUCCUCACCAACAUGGACUGCUGCUGCCUGUGGGUUGCAAGCCCCCGUGACCUAACCUCAGCGCUGUCCACCGAUCCGGAGUACCUCAAGAACGUGGGCACAAACGGCACGGGGAAGCCGGCCGCCAUAGACUACAAGGACUGGCAGAUCUCCCUAUCGCGCCGAUUUCGCGCCAUCAAGCUCUGGGUCGUGCUGCGACGAUACGGUGCCGUCGGGCUGCGCGCGCACAUCCGGCGCCACGUCACGGCAGCGAAAUGGUUUGAGCGGGCGGUGGCGGCGGACGAGCUCUUCGAGGUGGUGGUUCCGAGAAGGUUCUCUCUCGUGUGCUUCCGCCUCCGGGAAAGGUUCGUGGGGGAUGACGCGGUGGACGACGUGAACCGGGAGCUCCUCGCGGCGGUGAACGAGAGCGGGCGCGCGUUCAUGACCCACUUCGUGGUGGACGGCAAGUUCGUCAUCCGGCUCGCCAUUGGCGGCGCCUCGACGGAGCUCCGGCACGUCAUGGACGUGUGGGAGCUGCUGCAGGCCAAGGCCGAGGAGGUUCUACAGCGUUAUCAGCUCUAAUAAUGGGCUCUUCACUCUCCAGCGUUUGCGAGCAGUGAGCGACAAGCAUGCAUGCUUGUAUGCCGGCCUUCACAUUAUUCUCUUAUUGAACUGUUUCCUUAUUGAACUGUUUCCGGCGCUAGGCCAUAAAAGAUUUAUGCUGGGGCUACAAGUGGUCACCCGUCAGCAAUCUUGAGCUAGCACAAAUACCAUAUGUCCUGACGGGCGUCUGUGCUGGCGGGUGGUUACAGGAAUAUGUACAUCACCCGCCAGCACAGAUGGUUCCAGGAAUAUGUAUUUUCCCAUUCAAUAUAUUAUUUUCCACGAGUUA